GUUUGGAGUGUGAGUGGAAUCUGUAAGCAAACAUUACAUGUCGGUAAAGAAACUAAUGGUGUGUCGUCAUGUCUGCAUAUGGCUCAUAUGUCUGGGCCUUUGCCCCGGGUUAUGCAAGCCGGACGGCAGUGAAACUAUGCAAAAAUACGCAAAUGAAUCGCUGACGGACGGCUCCAGUUGGUCACAAUUUCUCGAAGAUUAUGUGCUAAGCCAGAGCAGCAGCCAACGUAUGUCGAAGGAUCUGGCUUAUAUGGGCGGCGAUAUGAGCGGACCCAUUAAUUAUCAUUCCUCGGCAUAUAAGCGACCGGGCAACAACAUUUAUAUUACUCGCCGCAUUGGUGAGGCGGUGGAGCUAGAGCCGCAUCUUCGGGCGCCGGUAGAAAGCCAAGGCCCGAUUGUCAAUCCACAGUUUCGGCCCAUGACAAACCAAAUGUUGCACCAGCAGCAGCAACAACAACUACAGCAGCAGCAGCUACAACAGCGCCAGCAACCCGGUUUCUUGCAACAGCUCUUUGGUUUCGGUAACUCUGAGCCAUCGCCGCCUCAGGCGCACCUGCGGCCGGUGCCGCUGCAGCAGCCAUCGCCGCCCCAUUCGCAACAGCAACAGCAUUUGGCGGCACAUGGCAAUCCGCCCAACACAUUCCGAGCCGUCUCUGAAAACGAUUUGUAUUUGCUGGGCGCCAUCGAGAAGCUGGUCUAUCGUGUUGAUUAUUUGGAAAGUCGCGUAAGGCGAACAGAACAAUUGGUCUAUUAUCUAAUGGCUGGCAAUAAUCAAAAGGAAGUCCGUGAUCCUUGUCCAACGAAUUUUACGCGGAUCAGCGAUAAUUGCUAUUAUAUUAAUAGCCAUCAGCAGGUGAACUGGAAGACGGCAAACACCGCUUGCAAGGGACUCUCAGCGCACCUGGCUGAAUUUGAGAAGGUGUCAGAGAACGAGGAGAUCAUGGCCUAUUUACUUAAUCAGCCAACACAUCGAGGCCGUGACUAUUGGCUAGGUGGUCUCAAUCCGGGUCUUUUGUGGAUUUGGUCCAAUUCCGCCAAGCCCGUCAAUCCGAAUACCAACCUCACCUCAAUUGCAAUGUCACAGAAGGCGGAAAAUUCAACAGCCUCUAAUCUGGUUGACAGCAGCAGCGAGGAGACCAAAGGUGACAGCGAUAUACUCAACAAUACAGUCCAAAUAGAGGGCAAGGGACGCUGCUUGCGCCUCAGCUACAACGCGGGCAAACACAGCUAUGCAUACUAUGGACAAGAGUGCACAUCCAGGCAUUACUAUAUCUGCGAGUACGAAGACAAGACGCUGGACAAUAAAAUACAGAAGAUAGCGCGGGAUCUGAAGCUCUUCGACUAAAUCUAAAUUGAAUCAAUAACUUGCAAUCGCAAUACUGUCUGAGAAUAAUGUUGAAUAACCACUCUUUGAGUUGUUCUCAAUUUCAAUGAUGUAUUACUAUUUAAAGCCUUAGUCCGAAUAGAGACUCUGAACAGGCUUGCGUAGCUAUAGUUUAACAUAAG